GCAAAUCCACAAUGCCCAUCUCUGGUUUUCCUUUUCUUCUUUGAAAGCACAAGAAAGAAAAGAAGAAAGGGUAGUGAAGAGAGAGAGAGAGAGAGAGAGCCUUCUUCUUCUUCUUCUUCCUAGAACAAAAGAAAAGGGUGGUCUUCCUUGAAUAUCAAGACUCCCUAAAGAUGUUGGUCUCCCGUAAAGAACACCCUCCAUUGAAGUUUCACAGAUUCCCAUCUCUUUUCUGCGCCUCUUUAUAUAACUCCUCUCUUGAUCUUGCAUUUAGGCUUCAUUUCCCUUCAAUUUCCUUGGUGCCCACCAAAUCAAUGUUGCCCAUUUCCAUCUGAGCAGUGAAAAAGAAGAGAGAAAACAAAAGAAACAAAAGGAAUCAUGGCCUCCGUUCUUGCUCUGGCAUUCAUUCCUUUCCUUGUCUCUUCUUCUUUUGCGUCAAGUUCAUUGCCCUCAUAUUCAAGCGAUGCCGCUGUGCUGCUGGCUCUGAAGCGCGAGUUCCUCUACCCCUACCCGGCGUUGAACAGCUGGGACGAAUCGAAUACUGGUUCGUUCUGUUCGUGGGUCGGCGUUCAAUGCGAAUUUGGUCGGGUGGUUUCUCUUGACAUAUCAAAUUACAACCUCUCAGGCUCCGUCUCGUCGAAGAUAUCCGGCUUAGAUCGUCUGACCAACCUCUCGCUUGCUGGGAACAGUUUGUUAGGCGAGGUUCCUGCUGAGAUCGACUCGCUGACUGCACUCCGGUCAUUGAACGUAUCCAACAACGCGUUCAAUGGCACCAUUAAGUGGGACUUCUCCAAAUUGAAGAGGCUGGAAGUUCUUGACGCUUACAACAACAACCUCACUGGUCUUCUUCCUCUGGAAAUCUCAAAGUGUUCAAACUUGAGGUACCUGGACCUCGGAGGAAAUUAUUUCCAUGGAAGCAUUCCUUCAAGCUAUGGCGGCUUCGCCGAAUUGGAGUACCUCUCGCUAGCAGGGAAUGAUCUGCGUGGGAAAAUACCGGGUGAGUUGGGAAACUUGACAAACCUCAAGCAACUCUACUUGGGUUACUUCAAUGAUUUUGAAGGUGGGAUACCCAAAGAGCUUGGGGGUCUGAUCAAUCUUGUCCAUCUUGACAUAUCUAGCUGUGGGCUGGAUGGGGAGAUCCCUGAGCAAUUGGGGAACCUGAAAUUGCUUGACACAAUGUUUCUGCACACCAAUCUCCUCUCCGGUUCAAUUCCUUGUAGCUUAGGAAACUUGACAAGGUUAGUGAACUUCGACCUUUCGAACAAUGCGCUUGCCGGCGAGAUCCCAGAUGAGUUUAAUGAGCUCAGGGAGCUUAGUCUGCUCAAUCUCUUCAUGAAUAGAUUGCAUGGAUCGAUACCGGACUUCAUUGCCGAGCUGCCCAAUUUGGAAACUCUAGGCCUGUGGGAGAACAACUUCACGGGGGUUAUCCCAGAGAAAUUGGGCCAGAAUGGGAGGCUUCAAAUACUGGACCUGUCCACCAAUAAGCUCACUGGUUUGAUACCUGAAAGCCUCUGCUCUGGUAAUCAGCUGAGAAUACUGAUUCUGUUGAACAACUUCCUUUUUGGCCCAAUCCCUGAGAGUCUUGGUAGGUGCUUAAGCCUUAGCAGAGUGAGGAUGGGAGAAAAUUACUUGAAUGGGAGCAUACCUCAAGGUUUCCUUUACUUGCCUGAGCUAACUCUGGUGGAGUUGCAGAACAACUAUCUCUCUGGAGUUAUUUCUGAGAACAGCAAUAGCACCACGGCGACGAAGCCUGCUAAACUGGGGCAGCUGAAUCUCUCCAACAACUGCCUCUCAGGAAGCCUGCCGUCCUCCAUUGCAAAUUUCUCUGAUCUGCAAAUGCUACUCAUAAGCAGCAAUCGCUUUUCAGGGGAGAUCCCAGGGGAAAUAGGUCAGCUAAAGCAGGUAACAAAGCUUGAUUUUAGUAGGAACUCCUUUUCAGGCAUGAUACCAUCUGAUAUUGGCAACUGUUCCAUGCUUAACUAUCUAGACCUGAGUCAGAAUCAGCUGACAGGCCCAAUUCCUACAGACAUUUGCAGAAUUCCAAUCCUCAACUACCUAAAUGUCUCCCGUAAUCACCUUAGCCAGUCCAUUCCAAAAUUAAUUGGGUCCAUGAGAAGUCUCACUGUUGCUGAUUUUUCCUUCAAUAAUUUCUCUGGUAGAGUGCCAGAGUCAGGCCAAUUUGCCUAUUUCAACGCGACUUCAUUUGCUGGAAAUCCGCUGCUAUGCGGAUCGGUGCUCAACCCAUGUAAUUUCACAAAAAUUUCCGAUGGAACAAGUCAUGUUGCCAGGGAUUUCAAAUUAGUGGUGGCACUUGGCCUGCUGAUCUGCUCUAUUGUCUUUGCUGCGGGUGCCGUUGUCAGAGCUAGAGCCAUUAGAAGAAGCAAUGCCCAUAAAUGGAGGCUCACUGCAUUUCAGAAGCUUGAUUUCAGCAUGGACAACAUAUUAGAGUGCCUAAAAGACUCAAAUGUGAUAGGGAGGGGAGGAGCCGGAACUGUCUAUCAUGGUACAAUGCCCAAUGGUGAAGAUAUUGCAGUGAAAAGACUAAUGGGGAUUGGGAAUCAUAAUGACCACGGCUUUGCCGCUGAGGUUCAAACCUUGGGGAACAUCAGGCACAGAAACAUAGUAAGACUGCUAGCAUUCUGCUCCAACAAAGAGAGUAAUCUUCUAGUUUACGAGUACAUGGGGAAUGGGAGCCUGGGUGAAAUGUUACACGGGAAGAGAGGUGCUUUUCUGGGAUGGGAUUUGAGAUACAAGAUUGCUGUUGAAUCGGCUCAAGGGUUGUGCUAUUUGCACCAUGACUGCUCACCGCUUAUCAUCCACAGAGACGUGAAGUCCAAUAACAUACUCUUGGACUCAAAUUUUGAAGCCCAUGUAGCAGAUUUCGGUUUAGCAAAGUUUCUGUACGAUGGUGGCACACUGGAGAGUAUGUCUGCGGUAGUUGGCUCAUACGGCUACAUUGCACCAGAGUACGCAUAUACUUUGAAGGUCGACGAGAAGAGCGAUGUGUACAGCUUUGGUGUUGUCCUUCUGGAGCUGAUCACGGGGCGGCGUCCAUUGGGGGACUUUGGUGAUGGAGUGGACAUUGUCCAGUGGGCGAAGAUGGCAACGAACUGCACCAAAGAGCAAGUGAUGGACAUAAUUGAUGCUAGGCUUGGGCAGAUGCCCCAGGAGGAAGCCAUGCACAUGUUCUUCAUUGCCAUGCUAUGCCUCCAAGAGCACAGUGUUGAGAGGCCCACAAUGAGAGAAGUGGUGCAGAUGCUAUCAGAGUUCCCCACAAAGAGGACCACCCAUUGAUUGCCAACAGUCUUUGUUGCUAACUCACAAACUCAAGGAAAAGCAAGAAACUGACAGCAAUUGUAAAACCACAAAAAGAUGUUUUCAAGGGGGAUUUCCUUGAUGCUAAUGGAACCACGUGAAGUUUAUGGGGUUCAGCUAAGCCCUUCUGGGCUGAUCCAAAGUUUGAGUUAAAAAUAGAACUCAGAGCUCAAUAAGAGCAAUGUGGGCUCAGGCCCAAAGCCUGCCUAUAAUAUGAAGUUGGGUAUUUAAGAGUUGUUUAGUGUUUUUUAUUUAUAUAGGUAUUCGACACUAAAUUUUGCCAAGCCAAUGUAAAAAUAAGGUGUUUGUGUACGUCCAUGGUGUCUAGCUUGUACCAAUUUGUUGCUGUUAGGGUAUGUCGGAGGGUAACAUGCUUCUUGUACAAUAUCUUAAUUGGUGUUUGGACGUCUUUUCCUUUAUGUAAUUGAACAAGUUUCUUCAA